AUGGGAAAGACCACGGCGAUCAGUACGGCCGACGAGCAGGAGAUUGCCGAAGCACGCGGUACGACCGUUCCGGACAUGCUUUACGAUGUGGUGGCCCGCGCUGCAACAACAUCCGUCGGCCAGUUCAUAUACAAACGCGUCGAUAACUUACUGUGGACGAUAGAGAAAACGGCGCGAUGGUCGCUUCCACAACCUUCGCCAGCUGCGGUAAGCUCCAAAACGUCAGCAGCCGACGAGAGCGAAGACGUUGGCGGUAACAUUUCCGGCCCACCGUUGAUACGGCCGCUGCCAUGGUUACUCUUCCUACCGGCACUGAUCGCGCUGCGGAUAGUUCGUAGUGCGCUUUCCAUGGGUGCUCGCUUCGUUGGCCGGGGUCCCGUGCUACCCUCGUCCGUGGUGGGGUUUUUGCAAAACAAGCGACGGAAGCUUCGUGCCCUUAAGUACCGUGGUCAGCGAUUGCAGAGAAUCGCCAAAGUCGAGCAGGAGGCGGAUCCCAAACAGGUGACUUGGCUGCAGCGCAUCAUUCUACCGCUGCGGAUGGUUAUCUGCACGCGCCCCUACAGUACCUUCGACGCCAACUCGGACGUAGCCCAUGCCGUCAUAUUCCGCAACGAUCGUCCGUCGAGCGCUGGACAGAAGCGUGUUGCCUCGAAGAAGCGAAAUCUUAACCAGCGCGAAGCGGAAAGUGCCGAAGAGGAGGCAAGUGAUGAGGACUCGUUCGAGGAUGCGGGAUGCAAGGAACUGCUGGACAAGUACGCACACGAGGAAGAUUCGAGUUUUAACAUGGAGGAUGCUUCGUCCGUCAGCUCUGACGGUACCGAUAGUUCCCUUUCCGAAGCUGAUCCGUCGCCCAAGAAACCUACGCUCGAGAGUGACAAUAUCUCACGGCAGCAACAGCAGCACUCUCAACCGAAACAAAACGGGGGCCAGCAACCAUCGUCUAAGGCCGAUACUUUGAAGCGCUCGUCAAGUGAAAAUAAGAAUGGCGUCGAUUCGCAACCUACGGCCCCAAAGUCUUCCACCACACAAAAGAAUAUCAAUGCUGGCAAUCGAUCCAAAUCAGCCGCUGAUUUGGAAAAUGGAAACGUUCCCUCCUCUCACACAUCUGCUCCGGACGGCAAGAAUGCUGGAACCACCAGCAUGUCCAUCAAUACUACACCUUCGAAGAGCAUCCCAAAUCUUUCCAGUUCGCCCGAAAACAAUGAAAACAAACCGAUCAAUCAGAACGUGUCUGGAGGGCCAACCGCAUCCGUUGCUGCUGCUGCUGCUGCUUCUCAGAUAAAAUCACCCUCACCGACGGUUCUUAAGGCUACGGGGGCCAAGCAGUCCCCAACCAUGAGCGAGGUUCGCACUAACUUUCACCAGCAGAAACAGGCGAGUCAAAAGCUCCUCGCUUCAUCCGGUUCGGCCGCUCAGCAUCAGCAACAGUCGCAGCAAUCUGCACCACAACAGCAGCAGCAGUACGUCAGCAAUGGCGCCAAAUCUCGCAACAAGAAAGGACCCACUCAGCCCGUUGCUUAG